AUGUCUAUGAUAUCGGCUAGAGCGAGAUUGAGUCUUGCCCAAUCCCUUAGAAUUAAUGGGGGUCUUAGAAGUUUUUCAAACGCUAGAGUACAACUGAACCAGAAACAAAGUAACAGUGACGGUUUCAGUGGUGAUUCGACAACACACUUCGGGUCGAGGACUGUGUUGAAAGAGGAAAAAGAGAAACUCGUCGGUAACGUGUUUUCUAGUGUUGCUUCCAAGUACGAUGUGAUGAACGACGUGAUGUCUCUAGGGAUCCAUAGACUAUGGAAGGACCAUUUCAUUAAUAAGUUAGACGCAGGUAAAAGACCUAACUCUACGGAACCAUUGCAUUUCAUUGAUGUGGCAGGUGGAUCUGGGGACAUUGCUUUCGGGUUGUUGGACCAUGCUGAGCAGAAAUUCCAUGAUGUGGAGUCAACCAUGCACAUUGUUGAUAUCAAUGCGGAUAUGUUGAAAGAAGGUGAGAAAAGAGCUAUGGAUCAAGGUAAAUACUACAACGAUCCUCGUGUGACCUUUUUGGUUCAAAAUGGUGAAACGUUAGAUCAGAUCGAAUCGAAUUCAAAGGAUAUCUACACAAUUUCCUUCGGGAUCAGAAAUUUCACCGAUAUUCAGGCGGGUUUGAAUACAGCUUAUAGAGUGCUAAAGCCAGGUGGAAUCUUCUUCUGUUUGGAAUUCUCUAAAAUCGAUAACCCAUUGGUAAAUCUAAUCUAUCAAAGAUGGGCGCAGGUUUUGCCUGUAAUGGGUUCAGUGGUCGCUAACGAUUAUGACUCAUACCAAUAUCUAGUGGAAUCCAUUGAAAGAUUCCCCAGCCAAGAACAUUUCAAGUCCAUGAUCGAAAAGGCUGGGUUCCAAUCAGCCGGAUACGAAAACCUGUCUUUUGGUAUCUGUGCCAUUCAUUGGGGUAUCAAGACAUGA